CCACGCCCCUGUUUUUGCUGCAAGUUGCUAUGAUUACAUAAUACCUCUAGCUUCUCCAAAGUAUCAAGAAAACCAGCAGCAAGCGAGCAGCAGCUAUAAACUAUGAAUGAGAAGAGCAAGAAAGUCAGGGCAAAGCCUGUAAACAGACCCAAGUCCCGCUAUGAGCCUGGGACUAGGAUGUCUGUCCUCCUCUCCAACCCAGACUACCUUCUGGAGGGCUAUGCAGAGAAGAGAUGUCAGUACAUUGGAGUGCUUGAAGAUAUUCCCACGUCAACUGAUAUGUCCAACAGAGGGUUCUUGUUAGCGGAUCUUGAUGAAAAGAGGAAUCUCGGACAGUUGCCAUGGGUACUGGGGAGAGACAAUGAUGUAUCUAUACGACUAUCAGCGUACAACAUAAAAAUCACCAAAGAGGAUCGAACUGGGACGCUUCUUCAUCGUAUUCCAAUCCACGAGGUGGCGUCCAUCAGCUACGUGAAUGAUGAUGAUGAGCACCUGGUGUUCCUCAAGGCUGGUGAUGCCUCUCGACUGUGCUGUCCCUGUUAUGUACUCUGCUGUGACAAAAGGGGAGAUGCUGAGGAGAUGUGCACCAUUCUCCAGGAGGCAUUUCAGCUGGUCUACACGGAGGCCACCAUGGAGCACUUUAGCGAGUCCAUCAACAUGGGAGAAAAGGGGCGUGGCUCUAUACUCGUACCUGCCCCCCUCUCACCCAUCAGGAAGCAGCAAAUAAUGCAGAGCGAGAGUGGGGGAGAGUAUGUGUCAGCAGAGCAACUUGUGCAAGAGUACAUGGAGAGACUACACAAGCUACUAGACUUCAAAGAACUGGGGGAAUUUGCCAACCUACUCAAGCGUUAUCGAGACAACUUACCAGUGGGAGAGUUUCUGCCCAAACUACGCAAUCUUUAUGGAGACAAGAGGAAGUUUCUCAUUCCAGGGAUGAAUCCGUUUAUACCUGAGGAAGACAAAGAGGCAUUCGAGAGUUAUCUAUGGGACAAUGAUUUGGAACCAGUAGCCACGGAGACGAGGCCCAUUACACAGCCAACAGCAGCUGCUGCCUCGAAACAGAGUGGAGGCAACAAACGAGGAAGUGGUCGCCGGGGACACGUUGCCGACAUUGACAAGUUUUUACACGAUAUAGACUCUCAAAUGGACAAAGUACUCGAGGGUACUACUAACUUUUAG